GCGGGCUUGUUCUCUUCCUCUGUGCUCGGGAAUCCGGAGCCCAGCGCGGACUAGCGAAGACUUCCGUAGCUCCGAUUCCUUCCAGGUGAUACUGCCAGGCACCACCGAGCUGUUGUCCUAGACCUGCUACAGGAAGCACUAACAGAGGCUGGAUUAACUUCCCAGGAUGUUGAUUGCAUUGCCUAUACCAAAGGACCUGGCAUGGGUGCCCCACUGGCUUCUGUGGCUGUUGUGGCCCGUACUGUGGCCCAACUGUGGAAUAAACCAUUGCUAGGUGUAAACCACUGCAUAGGCCACAUUGAGAUGGGUCGUCUCAUCACCGGAGCCAUCAGCCCCACUGUGUUGUAUGUCAGUGGAGGGAAUACUCAGGUGAUUGCAUACUCAGAACAUCGUUACCGCAUCUUUGGGGAAACCAUUGAUAUUGCUGUGGGUAAUUGUCUGGAUCGUUUUGCCCGAGUGCUGAAGAUUUCCAAUGACCCAAGUCCAGGCUACAACAUUAAACAGAUGGCAAAGCGAGGCAAGAAGCUAGUUGAGUUGCCAUACACUGUAAAAGGGAUGGACGUCUCAUUCUCAGGCAUCCUGUCUUUCAUUGAGGAUAUAGCCCAGCGGAUGCUCGCCACAGGGGAGUGUACUCCUGAGGAUCUGUGUUUCUCCCUGCAGGAAACUGUGUUUGCAAUGCUGGUAGAGAUCACAGAGCGAGCCAUGGCGCACUGUGGCUCCCAGGAGGCCCUCAUUGUGAGAGGUGUGGGGUGUAAUAUAAGGCUACAGGAGAUGAUGGAGACAAUGUGCCAGGAACGGGGAGCCCGGCUUUUUGCCACGGAUGAAAGAUUCUGCAUUGACAAUGGAGCCAUGAUAGCCCAGGCCGGCUGGGAGAUGUUUCAGGCUGGACACAGGACCCCCCUCAGUGAUUCUGGUAUCACACAGAGGUAUCGGACAGAUGAAGUAGAAGUGACCUGGAGGGACUAACAAGAUUAACAAUAUUUAGUUCCCUAAGUGGAUGGAGCCCAAGAACCCUGGGCUAAAUCUGUGUCCUGAUGUGGAAGUCCUAGCAAAGAUAUAGACUCCAAGAAAGGCUUGAGGUCCCUUUUGGAAACCCAAGAUGACUCAGCAAUAAAAUAUUUUUGGUUUU